AUGGGAGAAUACCAAACGAAUUUCUAUAAAGCUAUCGAAAAAGCUGAUGAAGUCCAUCAACAUAUUAUUGAUGAUGGUGUAUUUUUGAUAAUCGAAGAAAAACUUAAUGGUGAAGAUUCAGUUUAUACUUUAUCAACAGAAAUUCUUACAGAAGAAUCGACUCAAGAGAUAAGUCGAGGUUUAAAAGUAGUUGAAGAAGCUGGUUAUAGCAUCUUAGUGAAAGUGGGUGUGCCAGAAAUUCCAGCAUUGCCGAAAUCCAAAACAGAAGAUAUAUCUAGUUCUGUUACUGAAGAACCUGCGGAUAAUGAAUUGAAAUCAAUAGAAUCUGGUCCAAAAAAAUUGAAUAUUAGAAACAAGUUAGCAUAUAACAAAAAUAUGAAGAUGCGAUGA